AACAAACCAAACGAUACCAGAAUCGUGAACGCGUCUUUUGCUUUUGCCCAUCACCUCAUUUUUUUCGCUCCCCGAUAUUUCCUCCUCGGCUGUCCCCUGACGAUGCCUCGUAAAGCCGCCGCUGCUACCAAUGAGGCUACAGAGCCUCGUCGUUCAUCGCGUAUCAAGGAACAACCCAAACCAGCCUUGGCGGUAAAGAAGGCUGCGGCGAAACCUAGAGCCAAAAAGGCAGAUAAGGAAGCCAAGGCUGAUGUCGAGGAAAAGCCAAAGACUCCUAGAGGCCGGAAGCGUAAGACUGCUGAAGAGGUGAACGGUGAGGAGGCGCAAACCGAGAAGGAGCCCCCUGUGAAGAAGACCAAACCUGCAUCCAAAGCGAAGCCUGCGUCCAAAGCCGCUGAAGCUGCUGCUGCUAACCCUGCAUCCAAGCCCCCUUCCAGGGCCUCCGCCAAACCGCCCUCCAGAGCUGCGUCCAAGAAGCCUGCAUCCAGGGCUGGAUCCAAGAAACCAUCCUCCAAGGCAUGUUGAGUUGCUUCUCUCGUCUCUCCUGGCGCUAUUCUGCGGUUAUCAGCCCCUUGUUGGCAUGUAGUGCCUGUAAUGGUCUCUGCUCAGUGGCUAUCGAUCUCCUUUUCAAUGACUGGCGUGAGCACGGCGCUGAUCCUUGCCUU